AUGGGGCGACGCGGCGUGUGGGCUGCGUUGGCGGGAGUCCCACUCACCCCACAGCGUGCGUGGCGGCGGUGCGCAUCCCACCGGCGUGAUCCAACCUUGACGCCGCCCUCUCCGCCGCCCCCCUCGGCAGCAGAGGCAGACACGGUGCAGGCGGCAGCAGUCACUCCGCGUCGAGAGGGGCAGGAGCUGCUGCACGCCGUCAAGCGGGCGCUUACCACCUCUGCGAGAAGCCGCUGGAACCGCACGGACAUCAUUAACGCAAGGGAGUACGCCCGUGCGCACCGCCGCCGGUUUCAACGCACAAAUGACGCCUUUCAUAGUGCCGGGAAACGUGGACAAACUCUCUCAUACGAGGCGAUGACGUUGCAGUUCCAGGGAGUCGAGUGGUCCUACGUGCUGCUACCUGCGUGCCUGGCGCUGCUGAUUCUCGUGCUUAUGGCCCUGGUGGACGGCAGACGUCACACGACGAAGCUUCAAGGGGAGAUGGAGACGUUUCAGCGGCGUGCGGACUUUUUGUCAUCCAUGCGAACUGAAGUUGCGCGUGGACAGGAAGCCGCUGCGUGCACCGCCGAGGAGCGCGGGGGCGCGGUGCUGAGGACGGGCAGUGACCGCCUGCAUUAG